AUGUCCCAUGGUCUCUUAUCCGGACAUCCACCUCCAUCUAUAGAGAUAUUGCAAGCUUGGCUCGACGACCAUGGUGCCGUCAUCAACUCCCAUGUUGAAAUCACUGAAAGUUUCGACGGCUGGGGCAUUAGGGCUACUGAGACGAUCGAUGAAGGUGACCUAGUCUGUAUGAUCCCAAAGACGGCUGUACUUUCCCACCGAACCAGCUCAUUACCCCUUCUGGCACCCCCACCAACAAGUGUAGAUGGUAUUGAAGCGCAUUGGCCUAUCUUGCAGCUAUCCCUCGCGAUCCUACAUGAACUCAGAUUGGAUGUCGAUUCUCCCUUCUUUGGCUACCUUCAGAGCCUCCCAAGAGAGUUGAUACUCCUACCCGUAUUCUGGAGCGUUAAAAGAAUAGCCGGGGAAGAUGGACGAUUAGGAUUACUUUGGCUGAAAGGGACGGAAGCGGAGCGUGAUAUGGCAAGAAGAUCUUCCAUCGGUCUUGGUCUAAAUGAACUGAACACUUUCUAUCAAACACACAGAUUACAUUUACCUUCAACAAGAUUUCACCCAUCACCUUCCCCAUUCGAAGCUUUUUAUCACACUUUCGCUCUCGUUUCAACUCGAGCAUUUGUCAUUGAUCUAUACCACACUGUUGGUCUUUGUCCAUUUGCAGACCUUUUAAAUCAUUCAUCUACCCCUCAUACUCAAUUAGCAUCAGACAAAGACGUUUGUCAUAUCUGUGGUUCUCUUCCAUCUUGCAAACAUGAUCUUCUUAACGCCAACGAUGUCCCAAGACGGUUGGAACAAGUACCACCUCAUACUAGGAAGAUCAUGGAAGAAACCAUUGAUUGUGUUGAACUCAAAUUGGAAAGAUCAGUUAGAGGUGGAGAAGAAAUUUGGAAUUGGUAUGAUGACAAUAUCGGUGAUGCGAGAAGUUUAGUCGAAUGGGGUUUUGUAGGUGAAGAUUUUGCAGAUGAAGGAAUAACUUGGGAAUUGUCACAUGUCCUGGGAACAGAUAUAAGUCUCAAGAGAGCAUACGCAGGGAUGAUUGCGUCGGGAGUUAUUAAAGAUAUGAUGGACAAUAUAGACGUCGAAGAUCCUUUAGUGGGUUUACCGGACAGAAUGGGACUUUUGAGUGUGUCGCAUGAAGGUCAGAUUUCAGGUUAUUUGUUUGCGGCGGUGGUCAUUGGACGAGUACUUCUGGAUGAAGUGCCAGGGCAUACGGAACUAGCAGAGGUGAUGAGGGAUAGCUUGGAAGAGAUCGAGCGAAGGGCGAACGCGAACGAGUUCAGAGGGACAGAUGCAGAAAUGUCGGGUCAGACCAAAUCAAACACGAAUAAAGGUCCACUGUCACCUAUCACUGGGCAAGUCGUCAAGGAGAUCAUCAACCUACUUGAGACACGUCUGACAAAGUUUCAUCAUUCGGAGCAUCAAGUGGAAGAUCUUUACACUAUCCGUGACGUGAACUCUCUCUUCCGACGCCAAGCUGCAGCGGAUGGCUAUCAUGGUUCGUAUUCACGAACAAUCUUUACUCGAAUCAACUUUGCAUAA